GAGUAAAAAACGCAGCGUUUCAUUGGCGUCUUCUCAACACAAUAGAAUCGAAUAGCAUCAGCAACAAAACCGAACCGUGUUUUCUUCUUCCAUAUCAUCGUCACGUUCAUUUUCAUUCAUCCCCAAUUCACAUAACCGAUUUAGGGUUUCUUCACUCUCUCACUGCAACUUCCGUUUUCUCUCUAAUCGCUGAUUUCGAAAAUGGAUGGAUCAGCUGGCCCUGGUGGUGGAAAUGUGAACGCAUUUCUACGGAAUUAUAAAAUGGGAAAAACACUUGGCAUUGGGUCCUUUGGCAAAGUGAAAAUUGCAGAGCAUGUAUUGACCGGUCAUAAAGUCGCCAUAAAGAUUCUCAACCGUCGCAAGAUAAAGAACAUGGAAAUGGAAGAGAAAGUGAGAAGAGAAAUCAAAAUUUUAAGAUUGUUCAUGCAUCAUCACAUUAUACGCCUUUACGAGGUUGUGGAAACCCCAACAGACAUAUAUGUCGUGAUGGAAUAUGUGAAAUCUGGAGAGCUCUUCGAUUACAUCGUAGAAAAGGGUAGGUUGCAAGAAGAUGAAGCCCGCAGUUUCUUUCAGCAGAUAAUCUCUGGCGUGGAGUACUGUCACAGGAAUAUGGUAGUUCAUAGAGACCUGAAACCUGAGAAUUUACUUUUGGACUCAAAAUGGAGUGUCAAGAUUGCUGAUUUUGGCUUGAGCAACAUCAUGCGUGAUGGCCACUUUCUCAAGACAAGUUGUGGAAGCCCUAACUAUGCUGCUCCAGAGGUUAUCUCUGGGAAAUUAUAUGCUGGACCUGAAGUAGAUGUUUGGAGCUGCGGUGUAAUUUUAUAUGCACUUCUCUGUGGCACUCUUCCUUUUGAUGAUGAAAAUAUUCCCAACCUCUUUAAAAAAAUAAAGGGUGGGAUAUAUACUCUUCCCAGUCAUCUAUCUCCUGGUGCCAGAGAUUUGAUACCAAGGCUGCUUGUGGUGGAUCCCAUGAAAAGGAUUACCAUACCUGAGAUACGUCAACACCAAUGGUUCCAACUUCGCCUGCCGCGUUAUUUGGCGGUGCCACCACCGGAUACACUUCAACAAGCCAAAAAGAUUGAUGAGGAGAUUCUUCAGGAGGUGGUUAAUAGGGGAUUUGACAGGGAUCAAUUGGUUGAGUCCCUUAGCAACAGAGUCCAAAAUGAGGGUACUGUGACUUACUAUUUGUUAUUGGACAACCGUUAUCGUGUUUCCACCGGCUAUCUUGGAGCUGAGUUUCAAGAGACAAUGGAUCCUAAUUUGAACCGUAUCAACUCUGAAGUUGUUUCUCCAGCUGGUGGGCACCACUUUUUAGCGUAUCAGGGAGUAGGAAUGAGGCAACAGUUCCCCGCUGAGAGAAAAUGGGCCCUUGGGCUUCAGUCUCGAGCCCAACCUCGAGAAAUAAUGGUUGAGGUUCUCAAAGCUCUCCAAGGACUGAAUGUCUGUUGGAAAAAAAUUGGGCACUACAAUAUGAAGUGCAGAUGGGUCGUUGGCAUCCCUGGUCAUCAGGGAGGAAUGGUGAACAAUUCCGUGCUUAAUAAUAAUUUCCUUGGAAAUGUCGGCAUUAUUGAGAAUGAAGCUGCUCCAAAAUCAAGUGUCGUCAAGUUUGAACUGCAGCUGUACAAAACUCAGGAGAAAUAUCUCCUUGAUCUUCAAAGGGUGGAGGGUCCGCAGUUUCUUUUCUUGGAUCUUUGUGCUGCCUUCCUUGCGCAGCUUCGUGUUCUUUAAUACAAAGAUAGUACAGACUCUCACAUGGAGGACCUAACCGAGGUGGUCCUAUUGUUGCAUGUGAAUAAGCUCAUGUUGUACAUAUAAUUGCUGCACUUUCUGGGUUGACCUUAUGCUUGUACUUUUAGAAUACCCUCGGUUUUUAAUAUUUGGGUAAUGGUUACUAUGAGGCAAUCCUAAAUAUGCUAUUUGCUUCCCUUUUCACAGAGAAUUGAGUUUUUCAAUCCUGUGAAAUAUGUGCGAAUUUUAUGGAAGAAAACAUCCCCCAACAGAUACAGUUAUUUAUGGUAUUGAACUUAGUACUA